CACGUUCUUGAUACCUCCUCCCCCACAGCGGAGGGCUUCUCCGGCGGCGAUGGACUGGAUGCGGUGCCUCGAGUUGGCAAGGACUUCGACGCAGUUUUUCGCGGCGGUAGCGCGGUUGAUGUUGGAGGAGGAGGAUCCCAUAAUCGACUUCACCAUCUACUGCGGGAUCGAGAGAUUGGAAGAGGAAAUUGAAAUCGCCGAUUGAAUUAGGUCGAUUGGAGUAGGGGAUUCUGGAGAGACACGACGGAAUUGCCCAGGGAAGACCAAGGACGUCUGGGAACCGGGUGGGUGUCUCCGCCGCCGUAGCUGCUCUCGUCUCCGUGUAUUUCUCCGACCCGCCUCCGUCUCUCGCCGAGUCCCUCACGGUGGCUUUCCCAGUCUCCCGCGCUCGUGAGAUGAUCUGUUCCUCCUUUUGUCUUUUAAUUCGGUUGCCUUGACUAUGUUUCAACUCCAUUCAGAACUCCAUCUAGAGAAGAAUCUAAGAAUCACCCAGAAACAACCCCACAGUCAGAAUUCUGGGCAAGAACACCUCUUCAUCCAUCAGCAGCAUCAGCCUCUGGAAGCAAGGCAGUUAGGCCAAGAUGGCAUUUCCUACCUACAAAGUAAUAGUCAUCCAGCUAGAAUGAAGCCCCAUUUUUAUUGAAUGAAUAACCAAAGAUUUACAAAUGAAAUAUGUUUCUUUUAUGGCAGUUGCUCAAAGUUUAUGAGUGGCAGCAGAAACAAAUCCCACCAGUCACCAUGCUUUUCUACGCCUUUCAGCUUGAGAACAGAAGAAAGAGCUGCAAAACGAAAAGGGAAGCUGGAAGAGAAGUUCAAUGCUAAUCAAGCUCAAAAGGUUCAGUCACAAGCAACAGUCAAGGAGAAGGCAGAAACAGAAAUGAAAAAGCUGAGGAAGAGCCUUUGCUUCAAGGCCAGGCCAUUGCCAGGGUUCUAUAAGCAAAGAGUAACACCAAAGAACCAGAUGGACAAGGCUCCACUGACACAUCCUUCUCCAUCACAAGAACCAGAGACUUCAACUGCAAAAAUGGUGAAGAAUACUAGUACUAUUCCACAGAUUGUUCAGAGAAGUUCAAGCAAGAACAGUGGCCGAAAUGUGAAGAAGAACGACGACAGCUGCAACAAUCCACGGUGCCUACGUGCGAGACUGAGAGCAACUGCUGCGGAGAAUAGUUGUCCAAAUAUCCAACAACAAGCAACCUGAAGAUUGCUAGAUGCAAGUUCUUUCAUGGGGGGUGAGAUCUUGUGAAGCAGGCUUCACAGUAUAGAACAGUACCACUGUCCACAGAAAGGGCCAAGCUGACCUUGUUCUGUCAUUAACCAUUGACCCAUUUUCUUUGAUCUUCCUUUCUAUUCUUCAUAGAAUGAGCUCAUUAGUUCUUGUAUGUUUUGAACCAUACAAAGUUUAUCA